AUGGACCCCAGUGAUGGUAACUUGCCUCGGAACAAUUUUAUUAAUACUUCUGUAACUCGAUACAACAAGGCUAAUGUCUACCCAUGGGGUAUCAGUGAAAUAACUAGUGUUAACCGAGGAGAAAACAAGCAGAAAGAUUAUUUUUCCAGAACUUGUUCUGAAGAAACGGACUUCAAACUUUAUCUGCAGUUUAAAAUUCUUGACCCAUUUGAAGCUAAGAUUAUGUUUGUGAAGACUGGCAAGUAUGAAACUGGUGCUUUUGAAGAUUCAAAGCCACAUGAUUUCAGACAGUAUGAGAAUGAUGUUCCGAACUUUGUGACCAGUUUUGAUAGAGAUCCAUUUAAUUUGAAAUUUGAAUCAAAGUACUUAAACACAGUUCACGAACAUCUCCCGAAGAUUCAGCAAAAGAAGGGUUCAAGCACUCAGAACUUUGAUACUUACAAACCUCAAGAGCUCAAAUGGGAUUCUCGGCUCAUUCUGAAGAAAGAAUUCUGGCUACCCAAAUCAGGUUCCUAUACGAGGCACAAAAGGCAUCGGGAUGCAUAUAGUGCCUUCAUGGACCGGGUAGAAGAAAAAAUCACCAAGCUUUGGCAAAAGGAGCAAGAACUGCAGCACAGACAACCCAGCAGGAAACAAAAUAGUUCUGUGGUACCAUAA